AUGCAUACUGCCUCCGAGGCUAGAAGUGAGAAAUGGCGUGGAUCAGUUGGCGGGAUUGUUGAAGCUCCCAUAGAAAAAGUCUGGUCCAUGGUGUCACAAACCAAAAGACUAGCAGAAUGGAUGCCGAUGGUUGAGCGCUGCACCGAUUUAGCUGGAGAGGAAGGUGUUCCUGGUUAUGUUCGACUAGUCUCCGGCUUCAUGUUCCCCCAAGAAGAUGGAGAAAGGUCAUGGAUCAAAGAGAAGCUGGUGUCCAUAGAUAUACCACAGCAUAGAUAUGUUUACAAAUUGGAGGCAAGCAAUGUAGGAUUAGAUGGGUCUGUCAAUUCAGUUAAGCUUGUAGAUUAUGGGAAUGAUUCGACACUAGUCGAUUGGUCAUAUGAGCUAGACCCCUUACAAGGCACAUGUGAGGAUAGCAUUAUAGACUAUCUGGGAUUUCUAUACAAAUCUUGUAUUAACAGGAUUGAGGGUGCUAUAGAAGCAUCCAGCAAAGUCUCAGUAGCAGGGUCACGGUUUAACUAG